AUCGAGGAGGUGAAUACUUAAGCCUGGAGUUCGAUGACUAUCUGAAAGAGCAUGGGAUCUUAUUCCAACUCACUCCUCCAGGGACACCUCAGUUAAAUGGAGUGUCUGAGAGGAGAAAUCGGACUUUGCUAGACAUGGUCCGGAGCAUGAUUAGUCUCACAACAUUGCCAGAAUCAUUUUGAGGAUAUGCAUUGAAAACAGCACCGCACACACUCAACAGAGUUCCAUCUAAAGCUGUCGAGAGCACACCAUACGAACUAUGGCGUGGGAGAAAACCGAGUUUCUCGUACUUUAAGAUUUGGGGCUGUGAAGCUUAUGUAAAACGUCUCAUGACGUCUAGUAAGUUGGAGCCUAAAUCUGUUAAAGUAAUUUUUGUGGGAUACCCCAAGGAAACUAGAGGGUAUGAGUUCUAUCAUCCAUCCGAUAACAAAAUUUUUGUUGCUCGGAAUGGAACCUUCCUUGAGAAGGAGUUUCUUUCUGCUAUCACUAGUGGGAGAAAGGUAAACCUCGAAGAAAUUCGAGAACCACAAGAAGAAGUCCCGAUAGUGUUGGAACCUGAGCAAAGAGUUCAAGCAAUUGAACCUCAAAUUGCUCAAGAUAUACCACGUAGCCUGGUAUACGGUGGUGAGGAAGAGCUAAAGGUGGUCGGUUACACUGAUGCUAGCUUCCAAACCGACAGAGACGAUUCAAAAUCACAAGCAGGAUAUUUGUUUUGCCUGAAUGGCGGAGCUUUUAGUUGGAAGAGCUUUAAGGAGGAUACAACUGCCGAUUCGACUACAGAGGCUGAGUACAUAGCUGCCGCCGAGGCAGCUAAAGAAGCUGUUUGGAUCAAGAAGUUCAUUACUGAACUUGGAGUGGUUCCUAGUAUUAAUGACCCUAUCUUGUUGUUUUGCAACAACACUAGGGCCAUUGCACAGGCAAAGGAACCGCGAUCUCACCAGAAAACCAAACACAUUGUACGAUGCUAUCACAUCAUACGAGAAAUCGUAGAUAGAGGAGAUGUGAUGAUUUGCAAAGUAGAUACUGACGACAACAUAGCCGAUCCCUUGACCAAGCCUUUAGGAAAGCUAAAGCAUGAGGGUCACACUAGGUCCAUGGGCAUUCGACCAAUGCCAGAUUGGCCAUAGUGCAAGUGGGAGAUUGUUGGAGUUGUGCCCUGAUGUCCAACUGUUUAUCAUUAUGCUAUCAUGUAUUGGCAGAUAUAAUAUGUUUACACAUCUCAUGCUAAUGUAAACAAAUAUUAUAUUCCAAGAUUUAUAUUUAAAGAUGUUUAUCAGAUAGUGUUAUUCUGCUGAUGAGACUAACAUCUUGAAAUAAAUAUUUAUCUAAAUG